AUGAAACUCUCGCAUCUUAAUUCCAAACAAAGAAAACGGCAAGAAUUUUUUGAACUCUGUGAACAAUGGCGCGCCUUCACUUUGCUCUCCUCGUCCUCUUCCUCGCCGUCUCCGCCGCGAUCGCAUCAGCCGCCGAUAAUUCCACGGCCAAGGCGGGGGAUCCCACCGCCGCCGUGGGAGGAGGUGCGGCGGCGGAGGCACCCGUAGACAGCAACGCAAUCGGAACCAUCGACGACGGAGAUGACGACGGAACGAGCGCACCUUCUCCCGAUGAUGAUGACGUCGCAGUCGCGGGACCGAUCGGAAGUGAAUCUUCGUAUUCCAAUUAUCCACCGGCUCAGACGAAGAGCGACGGUAAAAUCACCUCCGCCUCUCUCGGCCGGUGUCUCGGCCGUGCCCGGCUUCGCCGCCGCCGUAGGCUCGCUCUUCUAUUUGUGAGCUAAGCCUACGCGCGUCGAAAUUGGAAAAUAAAUCUUAAUUAGAAAAUCCUUACUAUUUUUUUUUCACGUAGAUGUAUAAAUAUUGAAGACAUUUGAUGAAAAAAAAAAGAAUUUUUUACAAUUGUCACAUUUAUUUGGCGUUCGAUGUGUAUUCCCAUCUUUCAAUACUUCGAUUUUGUCAUUUUCAUAUUAGUAUCUACAUUUUUAUAGUA